AAGAGCAAGGACAUCUUUUCCUUCACUUCAGUGGGAUUAGUGGAAGAAGUGCCCUCUUUAUUCUGCUGGCUGCCAUCUCAGCGCUCAUAAAGGCAAAAUGAAAAAGAAGCUUGGACGGAGAAGAGAGAGGAUCAAGAUAAGUGACAAGUUUAGAUUACAGAGCCAUUCAGCUUUUACUUUCUUAGAGUAAAGGAACAAGAACAAUGUUUUAGAUCCCAAAGGAGACAUACAAAUAGUCUGUUACUGCAGCUUCCCGCACUGUUAUUUUGCUGCUUUCUAAGUAAUGACUUAACCCAGGGGUCAGAUGAACAGUGCUAUAUGUGGCACUACAAUGGAACAGCAGCCUACUUCAUUCAGUCCCUCUGUCCAGAUCUCGUUGCCACUUCCAAAAACUGCUGGUGAGAACAACUUCAGGAGAAUCAGCCGCACAGAGGACAGCAUUCCCUAUCCGAUCCCAGGCUUGGCCGCAGACAUCCUGCACAUGCGAGUAAAAGGAGGAAGCAAGAUUCGCAGCUUACUGCAGUUUGCAGCAGCUCGCAUGCAAGGGGAAGUAAGAAACCCAAAUGGGAUGUCACUAAGACAGGUGGUCUUCACUGGCUCAGGCAGAGGAGUCACAAAAACUAUCACCUGUGUGGAGAUCCUGAAACGUAAAGUUGAAGGUCUGCACCAGGUGUCCAAACUCUACUAUAACACAGUGAAGGAGGUUUGGAAGAGUCCACAGCCUGGAGCACCAGGUAUAACCAUGGAGCGGAGAGUUCCUGCCAUCUGCAUCUAUCUAUCUAAAGAUCCUCUGGACCCCCAGGAGCCUGGAUAUCAGCCACCACAAAUCAGCAGUGUUCCUACAGAGGAUGCUGAGAGACGGAAGGGUCUGCUCAGGACGGCUCAUGCUCACUCAUCCCCACACACAGCCAAGAGACUCUGUCUGGAUGAUUCGAGUGCAUGUCCUCCCCUAAACCUCUGAUUACUUCAUGAGAAAUAAGAAAUUUGGCAUUUGCAUAGAUUUAAUAGAUUGUUGUGUGCUCCGUUUUACAGCAUGAAGCUUUCUUGAAGAAAAUAAUACCUCUGCAUUUCUGGGGGUUUAUCGUGAUGCUUAUGUAAGGCAUUUUGCUACAAAAGUAAACAGUUGUGUCUAUAAUGCUUCUUUGCAAUACUUUGUCACUUUGUUGUGAAAUGUAACAGGUUAACAUAUGACUAUAACUAUUAUUAUCAACAAUAUCAGUAAUAGAUUUGUAGUCAUAGAGGGGGAAGUAUUUUAAUCCUGCUGAAUUUCUAUGUUGCCUCACUUACAAAGAAAUGAACAGUCUCGGAUUUUUAUGAGAAUUUAAAGAGCUAGUGGCUAAAAUUCCUCCUGAGAUGUCUUACUGCUGUGCUUACCGACAGUGAUUUCUCCACCAAGUACUAAGUCAUGUUUUGCUUGGGGAUUAAAUACUGAUUUCAGUCAAUGUCAGGCAUUCAACUUUGAUUUUUGAUUUUUGGUUAGUAUUCUAUCUCUCUUCAUUAACAUGAAACUACCUUAAAAAUCAAGAACUGAUCAUUUCUUUGUAAACUUCUGCAGGGGAUCAAAUGAUUAUUUGCCCCACUUUAUAAGCUGAUGAUGGUGUUUUAGUGUAGUUACAUUAAUAGUUAGUUUACUUGCAAAUGAACAAGCAAACUCCACUGUGCCCAGCUGGGAAAACAGCUGGGGAAAGAAGCAUACACAACAACCCAUGCUAGACACUAAUGACCACUGUCCGGGGUCAUUCUGAUGCAAAAAAUCAACCAGUAGUCAUGGAAUUGGUCAUAGUCAUUUUAAAUAUAAAGAACAUGUUUUGCAUCAGUUGUCUAUAUUCUGUUUUCUGCCUGUGGAAAUAAUUCAUGUGCACAAUAAUGGCUCACAAGAGCAUACGUUUUUGGUUUGUUUGACUGACUUUUAUAAUGAUGGUACUCUUUUGUAGUAGAGUCACAUCAAUAAAAAUGAAUCAUAAAGUGACACAGUGGUCAAGUGGUCACCUCACUAACCUCCAGGUUAGUUGGGACUUCUUUGUGUAAAAGCUGCAUGUUCCACCUGUGUGUGCUUUCUCCCUCACAAGAGAUUGUUAUUUUUAGGUUAACUUUGAACUGGCAAUCGGUGUAGUUGUUUAUAUCUGUGGUAGACCGGUGACCUGCAUAGGUUAUGUGUAAUGCUCUAGUUCGCCUUUGACCCAGGCUGAAUAAAUA